UUUCUUUCUUUCUUUCGUUCUUCCCUCCGCCCCGCUUUUCCAAUCACUGCCUGCGUCCGCCGCCGGUCGAAGGCAAAUGAAUGCCGGCGCGUCUGCUCCCGACCGAGAGACCAUCUAUCCGGAGGCGAUCGCUUCCAGCUGCAGCGCCGUCUUCGGCGUCUCUCGGUGAUCCAAUAACGCCGACCAAACUGGGGGAGAUACUCUUGGAGGCGGCUGCUCCUUCCGGCUCCUUCUUUUGCUACUGCCUUCGUUUUGUUUUGUUUUUAAAGAGAAAACAACACCUCAAACGCAAGAAUUAAAGAUCGCUGGGAUCUUGGUCGACCUUUCCAAAGAUGUCAUCUCAAACAAAGUUCAAGAAAGACAAAGAGAUCAUAGCAGAAUAUGAAACUCAAGUAAAAGAAAUUCGUACCCAGUUGGUGGAGCAGUUCAAAUGCUUAGAACAACAGUCUGAAUCCCGGUUGCAGCUCCUGCAGGACCUCCAGGAGUUCUUCCGCAGAAAAGCUGAGAUUGAACUGGAAUACUCCAGAAAUCUGGAAAAACUAGCGGAAAGAUUUUCAUCCAAGAUUCGCAGCUCCAGGGAACACCAUCAAUUCAAGAAAGAUCAGCACUUGCUGUCACCUGUGAACUGCUGGUAUCUCGUCCUGACCCAGACACGGAGAGAAAGUAGAGAUCAUGCUACCCUGAAUGACAUCUUCAUGAACAAUGUCAUUGUCAGGCUUUCCCAGAUCAGUGAAGAUGUUAUCCGGCUAUUUAAAAAGAGUAAGGAGAUUGGUCUUCAGAUGCACGAAGAACUCCUAAAGGUUACCAAUGAACUCUACACUGUGAUGAAAACAUACCACAUGUAUCAUGCUGAGAGCAUCAGUGCUGAAAGUAAGCUGAAGGAAGCUGAAAAGCAAGAAGAGAAACAGUUUAACAAAGGAGGGGACAUCAGUGUGAACUUGCUCCGACAUGAAGAUAGGCCUCAGCGCCGUAGUUCUGUCAAGAAGAUUGAAAAGAUGAAGGAAAAGAGGCAAGCAAAAUAUUCUGAAAACAAGCUGAAGUGUACUAAAGCUAGGAAUGACUAUCUGCUGAAUCUCGCAGCCACAAAUGCAGCGGUCAGCAAGUACUACAUCCAUGACGUCUCAGACCUGAUUGAUUGCUGUGACCUAGGAUUCCAUGCCAGCUUGGCACGUACAUUCAGAACAUACCUUUCUGCUGAGUACAACCUAGAAACCUCACGCCAUGAGGGGCUGGACAUCAUUGAGAAUGCUGUAGACAACCUGGAUGCACGAAGUGACAAACACAUAGUCAUGGAUAUGUGCAACCAGGUCUUCUGUCCUCCUCUGAAGUUUGAAUACCAGCCUCAUAUGGGGGAUGAGGUAUGUCAAGUGAGUGCCCAACAGCCGGUUCAGACAGAGUUGCUCAUGCGCUAUCACCAGCUGCAGUCUAGACUUGCUACACUCAAAAUAGAAAAUGAAGAGGUGCGAAAAACACUGGAUGCUACUAUGCAGACAUUGCAAGACAUGCUGACUGUGGAAGAUUUUGAUGUCUCAGAUGCCUUCCAGCAUAGUCGCUCCACUGAGUCUGUCAAAUCAGCUGCUUCAGAAACUUACAUGAGUAAAAUAAAUAUUGCCAAGAGGAGAGCCAACCAACAAGAAACUGAAAUGUUCUAUUUCACUAAGUUCAAAGAGUAUUUGAAUGGCAGUAAUCUUAUUACAAAGCUGCAGGCAAAACAUGACUUACUGAAGCAGACUCUGGGAGAAGGUGAAAGAGCUGAAUGUGGGACCACCAGGCCCCCAUGUCUUCCCCCUAAACCACAGAAAAUGAGGAAACCUAGGCCUCUCUCAGUGUAUAAUCAUAAACUCUUUAACGGCAAUAUGGAAACAUUCAUUAAGGAUUCAGGACAGGCUAUUCCACUUGUGGUUGAAAGUUGUAUUCGAUAUAUCAAUUUAUAUGGUCUACAACAACAGGGUAUUUUUAGAGUUCCUGGAUCUCAGGUCGAAGUCAAUGAUAUAAAGAACUCAUUUGAGAGAGGUGAAGAUCCCCUUGCUGAUGAUCAAAAUGAACGUGACAUUAAUUCUGUUGCUGGGGUCUUAAAGUUAUAUUUCCGGGGACUAGAAAAUCCACUCUUUCCUAAAGAAAGAUUUCAGGACUUGAUCUCUACUAUAAAAAUUGAAAAUCUUGCUGAAAGAGUGCACCAGAUCCAGCAAAUCAUUAUUACUUUGCCACGGGCUGUCAUCAUUGUCAUGAGAUACCUCUUUGCUUUCCUCAACCACUUAUCACAGUACAGUGAUGAGAACAUGAUGGAUCCCUAUAACCUGGCCAUAUGCUUUGGACCAACUUUGAUGCAUAUUCCAGAUGGGCAAGAUCCAGUGUCCUGUCAAGCUCAUGUCAAUGAGGUCAUCAAAACCAUCAUCAUCAAUCAUGAGGGCAUCUUUCCCAGCCUUAGGGAACUCGAAGGGCCAGUUUAUGAAAAAUGCAUGACUGGUGGAGAGGAAUACUGUGACAGCCCGCACAGUGAGCCAGGCACCAUUGAUGAAGCAGAUCAUGACAAUGGCACAGAGCCCCACACCAGUGAUGAUGAGGUGGAGCAGAUCGAAGCCAUUGCCAAAUUUGACUACAUUGGACGGUCACCACGUGAGCUGUCCUUCAAGAAAGGAGCCUCUCUUCUCUUGUACCAUCGGGCAUCUGAAGAUUGGUGGGAAGGUCGCCAUAAUGGAGUUGAUGGCCUCAUACCACAUCAGUACAUUGUGGUACAAGACAUGGAUGAUGCAUUUUCCGACAGCCUGAGCCAGAAAGCCGACAGUGAGGCUAGCAGUGGGCCCCUGCUUGAUGAUAAAGCUUCGUCAAAGAAUGACAUCCAGUCUCCAACUGAUCAUAUUCCAGACUAUGGCUUUGGAGGAGUGAUGGGACGUGUGAGAUUGAGAUCUGAUGGAGCAGCAAUCCCUCGCCGUCGAAGUGGAGGGGAUACUCAUAGCCCGCCAAGAGGGAUUGGCCCUGGAAUUGACACCCCUCCCCGAGCAGCAGCUUGUCCCAGCAGCCCCCACAUAUUACCUCUGAACAGAGGCCGGAUUGACAGCCCAGAGAAGCGCCGGAUGGCAACUUUUGGUAGUGCUGGCAGUAUCAACUAUCCAGACAGAAAGGCAUUGACUGAUGGCCAUCCAUUGAGACCCACAUCUAGCUCAACUCGUCACAGUAGUCUUGGAGAUCAGAAAUCACUGGAGGCUGAAGCCCUGGCAGAGGAUAUUGAAAAGACUAUGAGCACAGCACUGAAUGAGCUUCGUGAACUUGAGAGGCAAAAUACUGUGAAACAAGCCCCUGAUGUAGUCCUGGAUACCCUUGAACCCAUGAAGAACCCACAGAUAGGAUCUGUCAACUCUGAACCUGCCAGCCCCCUUCAUACUAUCAUGAUUAGAGAUCCUGAUGCUGCCAUGAGACGUAGUAGCAGCUCAACCACUGAAAUGAUGACUACUUUCAAACCAGCCCUGUCAGCCAGGCUCGCUGGAGCUCAGCUUAGGCCGCCACCCAUGCGACCCAUCAGACCGGUUGUCCAACACAGAUCAAGUAGCAGUAGCAGCUCAGGAAUGGGUAGUCCUGCAGUGACGCCCACAGAGAAGAUCUUCCCUAACAGCUCCUCAGACAAAUCUGGCACUAUGUAGCUCUGACGACCAUUCCAAGGAAAUCUCUGUUGGGGGAAAAAUGGGUAACUCAUCUCAGUUUUCAUUUAUUUUGAGUCAAAAACUAUGAUUGUGCAAGUGAUGUCAUUAAGACAAAAAGACAAAGAAAAUGACUCUUGUAGAAAAAACAAGGGGCUGGUAGAUGUGGCUUAGGGAUUUCAUGACAUUUACACACAUUCGUCUCAAGAUUGCUGGAAAUAUUUGGUACAGCCAAAUAAGAUGGCCAUUUUAUGUGCAUUACCACUGGAAUUCAAGUCUCUGUAGAAGUAUAUAUGAAACUGUACAUAGUUCAAUAACAUUUUAGUAGAUUUACCUCAGAAACUCACCCUUAGACUUCUUCUAGAGAGCAUUUGUGUGUGUGUGUGUGCGCGUGUGUGGAUUACACAGCAACUGUGCAGUAGGCAAUAGACAAUUGGUCAGUUCUUGGAUUGAGUUUUCACACAGUUUGGUCUGGAUUUAUCCCUGCAAACAAAAGAAAGCAUCUUUCAUAGUCCUGCAGAUACGAUCAUGUCCUCCAGAUGGAUGGAUAGUUGUCUUCAGAACCAUCUCUUCAAAGACUGCUUCAUUGAGACAUGGAAGCUUGUGGCUAUUUUCUGGUUGGAGAGGUGUACCACCUAUGGACACAGGGGAUGAAGAGCGGUACAUUUUCCUUUUGUGUGAAAGGGAAACCAAGGAUUUUCUGUACGUACUUUAUGCUGUAUCUCAGUGUUAUGUGUGUACAAAAGAAACUCAGCGCCUGCUGUUUUCAAAACAGAAGAGGACUCUGAAGUAACCUGUGGUCAAUAACAAUAAAUAAAUAGGGUAACUUAUAUAGUGUUUGAAAUAUUUUAUUCCCCAUCCUCUCUUUUUGCUAAUGAUUACUUUGGAAAAAAAAAUCUGGAUUAAAACAGGCAAGGAAGCUAUUAGUAAAAUCACAUUCCCUGUCAAAUAACUCAACAGUCCAUGACUUUACUCAGACUGUGUUCCCUUGCAUGAAUAAGCAUGAGCCAUAUUUGACCGUGUCAGUCGUAUAGCUGAUCUGAUGGGGUUACAAUUUGCACUUUCUGUACUGUACUAUAUAACAAUAUACAACAGUUCUGAAUUUAUGAAAAUAAAGUUAUAUUUCUUUCUCUCUAAAAUUUAAUGUAGGCAAAAAAAACCUAUGCAGUGAGAGCUGGGGUUUGCAUGACAGCUACAUCUUUACUCAUUGAACUUCAUGCUGCUAUUUUUUUAUAAAAUAUUUGUCUGUUGACAGACAGAUGUUUGCAACAUGGGCCCAUCUACUGGGCUCACUUUUAUUUUUUACUUUAAAUACCACUGCACAUUUAUUUUUACAUGAAAUGCCUUUUUGAUAGAUCUCAUUUGAACUUAGUUAAAUCUGCACCUUCUUCCCCCCACCCCCAUGUAUAUUUCUUAAUUUUUCAGAGGCUGCCAUUAUUUUCUUUCCUUAUUAGAGGCUCGUUUUAAUUAUAUCGGUCUUAUUUUAGCAGCUUGUAAUGUAUUAAAAUGACCUUGGAUGUGGCUUUCCAUGCUCUUAAUUCAUGGCCCGCUGUUGGCCAAAAAUGAAUAAGUAAAUAAUCAAAGCAGGGAAUGGGGCACCAGGCCAUUUAGCAAUGUACCGUCUUUCUCUUCCUUUGUUUUAACAAAUACAUCCCUAACCCCUCCUCUGUAUAUACAUUGCAUAGAAUAGAUAUACAUUGUAUAAGACAAUGUUUUUCACCGUGAAAUUAACACAUACAAUCAUUGUGUUAUUCUCCUUUUCUAUACCUCAUUUACAAGCAUGUUUCAUUCCAUAUAACGUCUUCUCUUCAUGGCCCCUUGCCUGUUCUAGCCUGUUUAUAUAUUGCCGUACCUGCUUAAUUGCUAGAAAGUAACUGCUAAAAUGUAACCUGUUUUUUUUUAAUGGCUAAAUUUUAUUUGAGACCUGGUGAAAUGAAAUCUUUGCACUUAUUGCAUAAGUCAGUGUAACAGAAAUUCAUCAAUAAAAAUGGAAGCAACCUACCGUGUCCCACAAAACAAUCCUGACCUGACCUUCCCAUGUAUAGUGUGAAGGAUAAAUAAUGUAUGUAGCUAUUCUAUAAUUGUUCCUCAAUAUAAUAUUACAGAGAGAAUCUGUGUUUACCUACAUGUUUGCUAAUGUUGUAGGCAUUUGUUGUAAUUGCCACAAUUAGUUAAUAGUGGAGCUUUUUCAUAAACGAAAUGAAUUUAAUUUCCUUUCCUCUGCUGCCUUCCCAUGCUGUUCUUCGCUUUAGAGUCAUCCAUGGAUCAUUAUCACAGCAGAUGCCCAGUUUGCUGUCGUAAUGAGCUAUCAAAUGUAGUUGUAGGCAUGGGGCAUGGGUGGCUAGAGAAAUCCAUAUGGCAAAAUGUUGUACCCCACUUUUGUUCUUGGAGAACAAUUUCCUUGACAAUGUGUGUGUAUGUGUGUGCGCGCGCGUGCGUCGUGCGUCGUGCGUGCGUGUUUGUGUGUGCACAACUUUUGAAAAUGACUUGAGAGCAGAACCAUGAGUUCAUUUGAGGGUUUAACUUUUGUUCCCUUAAAUAUAUAACACAAUUCCAAUGCCUUUUUAAAUUAAAUUAUUUUUGUUUGUACUUUUUCAUUUCUUAUCAGUGGGUUGUGUUGUUGAAGUUCUUUUUUUUUAAAAAAAAUCUUAAAGUGCCUUUUGAGCACCAGAACAAAUACUUGGAUUAAAUGUGCCGGGGAGCUGUUCAUACUGAGAUAACUCUUGUACAGUCAGUGUUAUGCUAUGGGUGUAUUGCUUUGAAGUUUUCCUUUCCUUUCCUUUCUUUUGGUUUAUGAGCAAGAAAUGUAUUUGAAUUUUGAGGAAUAACUACCUACUUCAUGCAUUGUUCUCCAAUUGUCAGUGACUACUAUGAAUUGUAGAUUUUCUUCUGCAUUUUUUUGGUAGUACGAAGUCAAAACACUUGCAACCUGUGCUGUUGAAUCAUCAAAACAUUAUCUUAAGUAAUGUUUGUACAUUUCUAUCAAGUUCACCUAUGUAGAUUUUGGGUGCAAUCUACCAGUGAUCUGUUCUUUUCAUCUUGUUCCAUUAAAGUGCCAUUUCCUGGGUGUCUCGGACCAGAGGAAUUCCUAAUGGAUUCAUCUCUGUAUUCUUAAGCACAACUGGGCCUCUUUUGGCCCAACAUAAAGAUUUCAAAGGACAAUGGCCAAUGCAUAAAAGUAGCAAAUACAAAGAAAAAUAAUGGAUGGGUAUGUCAACUCUCUUUUGGUGUAGGGGGAUAAAACCUUAGUCGUGCACUUACAUUACCAGUUCUCUCUUGCUGCUAAUCCUAGAAUCAGCAAUCAUGGUAUCUAUCCUGAUUUGACCAGAGUAUUCCUUCUAAUAUUUAAAUUGAAUCUUAUGAAAUUGAAAGAAAUAUGAGGCACUUUUUUUUAAAGUUAAAAGGGCCAUAGUUAACCAAUAAAACCAACGUUUCAAACAAUGAAGACUUCCUUUCUCAUUACUGAUCUGUGCAGAAAUGGAGAGUUCAAGUGCCAUCAGCACAGUAUUGUAAGAUGGUGUAAACCCAAAGGGAAAGACUGGAUUUUCAUUGAUGCAGAGCACAUGAAACUUCAGUGAACUGACCUCUGACCCUUCCCAUAAAAUUGCAGUUCUUGCUCAGCUGAAGCUACUUUAGCGAACACCCAGAGAUGGCUGACUGUAAAUGUUGCAGCCUCCUCUCUUACCCUGUAAUUUGGUGCGGAUACUCCCUUUGUUCAACCAAGUGAUGUGUGUAAUGGUGCUGACUUAAAAGCAAUUGCACCCCCCCUUUAUAUUAUUGUUGUAUAGAAACCAUCAUAAGCAAACAGCAUAAACUUUUAAGACCUUUUAAUGAUAUAAGGACCAUGCACUUUUCCAUUCGUAGACUAAACAAUACCUUUCCCUCCCCUGUCCCCCCUCUCCUCAAAACAUGGACUUUAUAAUUUCCUAGCCGUGCUGCAGUUUUCAUAGUAUGGCAAUAGGCCUCCUGAAUUCAAUUUGCUUCUGAGUGGCUGCUUUUUGUUCUUGCCGGAAAACUUUAGAAAAACUGCUGGUUGGCUGCCCUGUAUAAUGAUUCUUGUCCUUCUUAUGGAUAUUGUCUCUGUAAAGUAUGAUAAAAUGCCAUUCAGUUAGAGUGUCUGAUUGGGUCCUUUGUUAUGUAUGCUGAUCAUGCCAUGUAGAUCAAACCAGUGGAUGGGU